AUGUCAGGUUUGUUGUUUGCAGCCUUGGUUGGACGACCACAAGCUAAUAGCAUUGCGAUAGGUUUCCAACAUGCUGGCGUUACGAAAGGCAUAAUGAUAAUACUAGCUUUAUCAUCACUUUCAGCUUCGUUAUUAGAUAUAAAACCUUAUUUACACCUUCAAUUAGUUCCUCAUAUAACCAAGUACCGUCAGUUAUGGAGAAUAUUGAUACAUCCGUUGGCAUUUGCCAAUUCGACUGAAUUAUUAAUGGGUGAAAUACUAUUCUACAAUGUUGGCGUAGGAGUUGAGAGAGCGUUUGGAUCAAGGAAAUAUGCUUCAUUCAUACUAGUAUCAACAUUACUAUCGACUUUCUUAGCGUGUAUUAGUAUCUUGGUCGGAUAUCAAUUCGGCUUAAACAGUAUACCUGCUGGACCAUACGGUAUAAUAUUUAGUUUACUAUGGCAACAAUAUCGCAUAUUCCCUUCAUUAUAUCAUUUCAGAGUUUUGGGUAUAGAUUUUUCGAGUAAAGUGUUUAACUGGAUAUUGGCCUCUCAAUUAAUAUCAUCGAACCCACCUUCUUCUAUCCUUAUUUCAUUAUUAGGACUCUUGACUGGGUAUAUAUAUCGAACGGAUACUUUGAUUCCAUUACCUUCUCUAUCUAUUUCAAGACGUAGAUUACUUGUUAGAAGACCACUUAAAACCUACAGAAUACCGUUAUCACUUCAUCAAUUAUUAUCGAGAUUAUUCAGUCCUAUAGUAGGAAGUUCAUUACCUCCUAGAAGAUCACAAAGGGUUUUACCUGGUCAAUCUGAUUCAAGAGGAAUAUCAACUGCUUUACCUUCUUCAGUUGGAAUGAAUCAACAGCCAGGAGUAGGAAGAGGUGCGACCACAGCGAAUGAUACUGGGACUGGUAUUAGACCAAGCCUCAGAAGUCUACUAGCAAGUAGAUUGAAUACAUCCACAAAUUCAACUAAUACGAAUGCGAACCAAACGCAGAAUGGGUCAAAUGAUAGAACAAAUGGUUCCGGAAGUGCCCAAAGGGAAGGAAGAGAGGAACCUAGAAGUGCGACUGCAGCAAUGGGUGAAUGGGUAAAUGAUAUGACAGGUAGAAGUACAAGAGUAGCAACAGAAGAUGAAAUUGCUACAUUGUCAAAUAUGUUCCCAAACUUAGGUAGAGAAGUGAUAGUUCGCGCGCUACAAACCAACGAUUUCAAUACGGCUCAAGCUGUAGAAGCAUUGCUACAGGAGAGUGGGUAG